UUCUGAAUAAAAUAGAAACGUCAAAAUUUAUUUUGCGUUUUGAUAUUUCAUUCUUCUAUUAAUUCUAUUUGUGCAUCAUUUCUUAGAUUUAGUGUAGAUUAUAUAUUACACAAUAUAUAGUAGAAAAUUUUGACGAUCUAAAGUAAUUGAAUCGUAUGUGUCGCUUGUGUAUUUAUAAAAAUAGUAAAAGCUGUCGUGGGUGAGUCACCACAUAGGAUAGAUAAUUUUGGUUUUGGGCUAAAUAUUUCUAUUUGUGAGAUAGUUCUAAAGUCGUGACAAAGAUGAGCUUUUUUAGUAAAAUGUUUGGUGGUGGAAAGGGUCAAAAAGCACCCACCACCGGAGAAGCCAUCCAGAAACUUAGGGAAACUGAAGAAAUGCUUAUAAAGAAACAAGAGUUUUUAGAGAAGAAAAUUGAGAUUGAAAUUGGUGUUGCUAGAAAAAAUGGAACCAAAAAUAAAAGAGCAGCCAUACAAGCUCUCAAAAGAAAAAAGCGUUAUGAAAAACAAUUACAACAAAUUGAUGGCACUCUCAGCACUAUUGAAAUGCAAAGGGAAGCUUUAGAAGGGGCGAAUACUAAUACUGCAGUGCUCACCACAAUGAAAAAUGCAGCAGAUGCUCUGAAAGCUGCUCACCAACAUAUGGACGUUGAUCAAGUACAUGAUAUGAUGGAUGACAUUGCUGAACAACAAGAUGUUGCUCGUGAAAUAUCAGAUGCAAUUUCUAAUCCAGUUGCUUUUGGACAAGAUGUUGAUGAAGAUGAGUUGGAAAGAGAACUUGAAGAACUUGAACAAGAGGAACUUGAUAAAGAACUUCUUGGAGUCACAACUCCUUCGGAAGACACACUUCCCGCAGUGCCUAGUGCUGAACCUGUAGCACCCAAAUCAAAGAAGAAGGCAGAAGAAGAGGAUCCCGAUAUGAAGGAAUUGGAAAUGUGGGCAUCAUAAUCAUAGUUUGCAUAAAAUCUGCUUGUAAUAAAGAAAUUAAUUUUAUAUAAACAUGCUUAAAGCACUACAUGCCGUAAAUAGAUUAUUCAAGUUAAUGAAAAAAAUAUUUUGCUACUUAUUCUUAUAAAAUGAUUUUUUUACAUGCUUUCGACAUUUUAAAUUUAAAGCAAUUGUUAUUUAUUUGGAGUUUUGCAUUCAUGUAAUGAAAAAACAUUGGUUCACUUUAAUACAACAUUCAAUAUGUGAUU